AUGUACCAUAGAGGCAGUGACUGUGCCAUCAUUAUGUGCGAUCUGACCGACGAGGAGACCUGUGACAAUGUGGUCCUGUGGAACACCCAACUGUGGAACGAUUGCGGCCGCAUUCCCACUGUCAUUUGUGGCAACAAGGCGGGCGACCCCAACCGCACCGUUUUCAAAUUUGAUCCAACAAUCCGCAAGUCGAAUAUGCAGUACUUUGACAUCUCGGUUAGCAGCAACUACUGCUGCUCGGAGCCCUUCAUUCAUCUUUACUAUCAGCUGAUGGGCGAGCGUUUCCAUUUUGUUACUUUGUUGCCGCCAAACGGGCUUGCAGCCAUUCAGGAGGCGGACGAGCCCCAACAGAAAGACGAUCGCGAUUGCGAUUGCGAUAACGAGACGCAUAAGAAAGAAAAAGAUGAUCUUGACAAGAAGAAUGCUAUCAUAGAGAAAGUUAAGAAGUUUCUUAAGGAGAAGAACUGCGCCCUCGGGAUGGACAAAGCCCACUGCGAGGAGGACAACGAGACACUGAAGAAAGACAGCGACGAUCUUGAGGAGCAGAUCGUAAACAAUGAAUAA